UGAGUUCAUACGUAUUGAAACUAACGGGAUAGUAAAUAUUGAUGUAUUUACAUUACGAAUAAAUUAAUCGAACAAAAACAGGUUCUAGAGAUCGUAAGUACGUUCUAGGACGAUUCCCUUUCCUUUUCUAUUACAGAAUCACUUCAGUCAACCACGAUUCUAGUCGAGUUUAUCUUGCACGUUCUAUAUCUAUCUAUCAAAAUCUGUUUUAAGAAAUCACUUUUAACCAUUCUUUUUAACUAAAAAUUUAAAAUCGCAUAUCGAGUGUACUGAAGAGUGAAUGAAAGUGUAAGAGCGAGAGAGACCGAGAGAGAGCGAGAGAGAGAGAGAGAGAGAGAGAGAGAGAAAGAAAGAAAGAAGGGGAUAAAAAGAGAAAAAUAGAUAGAUAGAGAUAUAGAGAGAGAAAGAGAGAGAGAGAGAGAGAGAGAGAGAGAGAGAGAGAAUUAAUGAAAAUCUGAAAUGGUGUAUGAAGAAAAAUGAAAGAGAAAUAGACGAUUAAAUUUGAAACAGUUACAAAGAAGUCUGAAUAAUUAAUGUUUUUUCAAUCAGUGACAAAAUUUAUUUGUUUACCGUUGAAAAAGGAUUCGACGGAAUUGAAACAGAAAAGAAAAAGAAAAAUUAAUUUUAUCCGUGUUCAUUGUGCUUGCUGGGAAAGACAAUAUCCGGAAUAUAUAUAUUUCAUGUAAAAAAAAAAUACUGUAAUUGGUGUGUCAAAUUGUGCUAUAUACUAUAUUCGGUAGUGAAGUUAAUUAUAUCUUGCGAAUAUAAGUAUUGUGUGUAUUUUUUUUUAUUGAUGAACGAAUGGAAUUUCAUUCUGUAUAUAAGCACUUGAUAGGUUAAUGGAAUUUUAAAAAUCACAAUUUGGUGAACUUUAAUUUCUUUAUCUCUCUCUCUCUUUCUCUUUUUUUUUUUUUAUCCUUUUUCUGUUUUAUUUUGCUGUAUCGAAUGGUUGAUAUUUUCGUGAAAUUUCUUGAAAUUUCGAUAAGACGUUGAGCUUAUGUAAGACAUGAAAUGUUGUGAAUUCUACAGAAAAUUUGUAUCGUCUAAACGAUUCAUUAGUGAGUGAAAAAUUUGUAUUUCGGCCGUGCGAGAGGAAGACAAUGGUUUUCAAACGGAUUCUCCAAAUGUUCUCGAUAUUUUAUUACAAACGCAUGCGUCGUAGUGAGGACGUGAAGUCUGCGGAUUCUGGACCAGCAGAUUUUGAACGUGCGAUAUGCUCAUCAGGUUAUGGAAAGUUCAAUUAUUUAUUACUGCUGGCUGUACUGCCGGCCAGUUGUGCCAGCAUAUUUUCAUCUUCGUCGACAGCCUAUGUUCUACCGUCAGCCGAAUGUGAUCUUGAACUCACCAUGUUUGACAAGGGCCUGCUCAAUUCCAUGUCCUUUGCAGGUAUGAUCAGUACUAACUUUCUGUGGGGAUUCAUGGCCGACACAUUUGGACGCAAAAGGAUAAUGUUUUACGGAUAUAUGCUCACCGGUUUUAUCACAUUGGCUACGUGUUUCUCGCACACAUCUUGGCUAUUAAUACUUAUCAAAUUUUUCGAAGGAUCGAUUAUAUCUGGUCCUUAUGCAGCGUUGAUGUCUUAUCUGGCGGAAGUACACGAUGAGAAUCAUCGUUCACGUACUUACAUGUGGUUGGGUGUUUUUUUCUCACUUGGAAACAUUUCCUUGCCGUGUAUAGCAUGGCUAAUUAUACCACAAAAAUGGAAUUGGAGUCUUUUAAAUGGCUUAAUUGAAAUCAAAUCUUGGAGAGUCUUUUUGGCAAUUUGCUCUUUUCCAGCUUUUUUGGCAUGUAUAGCAAUCUUUUUCUUUCCUGAAAGUCCACGAUUUCUUCUAUUGAAAGGUCGUCGUGAAGAAGCUCUCGCAAUCUUUCAGAAAAUAUAUUCAGUCAACACUGGAAAGCCAGCAGAUACUUAUCUGAUAAAGGACUUAGAGGACGAAUACUCCAUAAAAUUACCGGGUGAUAAAUGGAAGGAGAAAAUACUAUCAUCUUGGGAACAAAUCAAGCCAUUAUUUUUACCUCCAAACGUGUUUAAUCUCGUAGUUAUAUCUUUGAUUCAACUUGGAGCAACGAUAGGAUCGAAUUCUUUGAGAUUAUGGAUGCCACAAUUAUUUUCUCUGAUAGAAAGUUACAAAGUCAAUCACGUACUAAAAGAUCAAAUGGGUUCUCAACCAUCCUUCUGUUACAUGUUGAACAGUCCAGAAAAGAGUAAUGAUAAUGUUACAAUAAUUGUGAACUCAACUGUCGAGGCCGUCGUCGCGUGUGUUUCGACAGAACUAAAUUCGACAGUCUUCGUUAAUUCUAUAGUCAUCGCUCUUACUGGUGUCAUUGGCUACACUUUGGCUGGCACGUUGAUAACUGUCGUUGGGAAGAAAAAAUUAAUGGCAAUAUGUUUCCUCGUGGCAGCGUCUUGUUGCGGAUCUCUUUAUUGGGCGGAUGAUACAAAUGGAAUAUUGGGAUUAUCAUCUGUAUUUGUAGCAAUGUCGAGUAUCGGCGGUGCCACAGUAGUUAAUAUCAUCGUCGACAAUUUUCCAACUUGUCUUAGAACUAUGGCAGUUAGUACAGCCAUGACGAUGGGAAGAUGUGGUGCAGUGAUUGGCAAUCUUUUGUUCCCAGUUCUAUUUGGACUGUCUUGUUUAGGACCGUUCGUUAUGAUUGGUUCGGCUUGUUUGUUCGCUGCUGCAUUGGUCAUCCUAUUACCUCGAAAACCUUUGACAAACAAAAAACCAAAGGAAAUCGUUUAAAAUUUACAGGAGUAAUUUUCAAUCUCGUAUUAUUUAAUCGAUCGAUUGCACAAUCUACAAUCGAUAAAUAUAUUUAUGUAAAUAUAUAUUAAGCAUAAAAUCAACUUUUUUUUUCGCAGACAAGGUCGACAUUAUCGAUCACUUGUCUUUACUUUCAUUAUGUAAAUACGUACACUCAUCUUAAUCAGCCGCUAAGUAAACUCUUUAUUCAGUCGUACCUAUUCUUAGAUGAAUGUAUUCUUGUGUAGAAGAUUAUAAUAUAUGUAUUAGUGUACAUGUAUAUAUAGGUAUAUAAAAAUAUUAUAAGUAUAUACUAAUAUGUAAUAAGUAUAAUAAUAAUAUUAUACGUAUUAAAAAUGUAUACAAAACAUG